AUGGACCAGCUACAGUCGCUCGUCCUCAAUCCUCUCAAGCCUGUCGUCCUUCCCAUCACGACGAACCUUCCUGCGCCCGUCCAAGAUGCGAUCACUACCCUCCUCGGCGAGACGUGCCACAACGCGUUGAUCCUGAACCUCGAUGUCACCUCACACCCCGAAUGCCUCUCAUUGGCAAUUUCAAAAGCACUGGGGAUUGCUAUAAUCACGGCCGCGUCGGUGGUGAAGGUCCCACAGAUCAUCAAGCUAGCACGUUCUCAGUCCGCCGAAGGGCUCUCAUUUCCGAGCUAUGUCCUAGAGACGGCCAGCUUUCUCAUCAACUUGGCCUACAAUGUCCGCAGCGGGUUCCCGUUCAGCACCUAUGGCGAGGUGUCUUUGAUCCUGGUGCAAGACGUUAUCAUCAGUGUGCUUAUUCUGUGGUACUCGGGCAAGGCCACGCAAGCGGGCGCAUUUGUGGCAGCCGUCGGCAGCGCCGCCUUCGCGUUGAUGGGUUCUGACAUUGUCAGCGAGAGCCAGAUGACGAGUCUUCAGGCCGGUGGUGGCCUCCUCAGCAUUGCCAGCAAACUCCCGCAGAUUCUGACUAUCUGGCAGCAAGGCGGCACCGGGCAGCUGUCGGCAUUUGCCGUCUUCAACUACCUUGCAGGUAGCCUGAGCCGUAUCUUCACCACGCUGCAAGAGGUAGAUGACAAGCUCAUCCUGUACGGGUUCAUUGCAGGUUUCUCACUCAAUGCAGUCCUGGCUGCACAGAUGGUGUACUACUGGAACAGUCCAACAACCGCUGGGCACGGACAGGAAGUUGGCGGCAAGAAGCAAGGCGUGCUACAGAAAGGGUCUGCUGGAAUGGCAACAGAGGAGAAUAUCAAGAAGCUGGGCACUCCUGUCGCGACGCCGACUGCUCGACCUACCAGCAGCAGUGGCCGGAGAAGAGGCUGA